AUUUCCCCCAGUCCCAGCCCGUCAUUCUCUCAGCUCCCCCGCCCCUUCUCCCUGCGCUUCUCGGGGCGAACAGGAGGAAGGGGCGGGCAGGAGCUGCUGCUGCUGCUGCUGCUGCUGCUGCUGCUGCUGCUGCCGCCGCUGCUGUUGACACUGCUGCUGCCACUGCUGCUGCCGCCUCUGCCGCCGCCGCUGCUGCUGCUGCAUCCACCACCGCGCCAGGAAGGCAGGCAGGCUGUCAGGCAGGCGGGCGUUUCUCCUCCCACGGUCAGCGCUGUGAGCGCGGAGCUCCGGCCGUGGCCCCUUCGCGGGCUUCAUUCUUUUGCAUCAAGGCGAGCCAGGACAGGUGCCCCGAGAAGUACUGAGCCCAAACGGGGAGCCCCGGCCCCCAAGGGUCAGGACUUCCCCUGCCCGCAGCUACAAGCAUCCUACCUAUCCUACCCGGGCGCCGGCCACCAUGCUGCCCGCGCCUGCGGCGGGAGCAACCCCAGCGGAGCAAGGCUAACCUGAUCUCCCUGGCCAGUCCACCCACCCUCUCUUACCCUCUCCGGGCCGCCCUGCAGCCCCCCCAACCCCAGCCAUGGCGAAGCAGUACGAUGUGCUUUUCCGGCUGCUUCUCAUCGGGGAUUCCGGGGUCGGCAAGACCUGCCUCCUGUGCCGCUUCACGGACAACGAGUUCCACUCCUCUCACAUCUCCACCAUCGGAGUCGACUUUAAGAUGAAGACUAUAGAAGUAGAUGGCAUCAAAGUUCGGAUACAGAUUUGGGAUACUGCAGGGCAGGAAAGAUAUCAGACCAUCACCAAGCAGUACUACAGACGAGCCCAGGGAAUAUUUUUAGUCUAUGAUAUCAGCAGUGAGCGAUCUUACCAGCACAUCAUGAAGUGGGUCAGUGAUGUGGAUGAGUAUGCACCAGAGGGAGUCCAGAAAAUCCUUAUUGGGAACAAGGCUGAUGAGGAACAGAAAAGGCAAGUGGGAAAAGAACAAGGCCAACAGCUGGCUAAGGAAUAUGGCAUGGACUUCUUUGAAACAAGUGCCUGCACCAACCUCAACAUAAAAGAGUCCUUCACUCGUCUGACAGAGCUGGUUCUGCAGGCACACAAGAAAGAACUUGAUGGUCUUCGAGCACAUGCCAGGGAAGAGUUGGCACUGGCUGAAUUGGAAGAGAAAGACAGCAAAACUGAGGGCACAGGGAACUCUUCGAAAAAUUGUUGGUGUUGAGGAACUCAUGUGGGGCAUCCCCUACCCCAUGCCACAUUUUCUCCUCCACAGACCAGGGGACAGUAAAGGGCUCUGGGUCUCACUCCCCUACUGCUAUUUCCUCACCCUGAUAACUUCAUUGAAUGUCAGUAGGUAUCAUUGUCCAGCCCCUGAAGCAAGGGUCUUAUGCUCUGUUAGUGACCUUUUCUUCCCCUCCAGGAACUGCUAUCCUCAAUUGUUUUCCCUGAACCUCAGGCUUCCUUUGUUCCCAAGAUGUAUAGUGAUGAGCUUCUACAGUCUCUAUCCCUUUACUCCCCCAUCUUGAUCUUUUGGGUCCCUACUUCCUUAGAGAGCCUGAGACCAUAGCCACAUCCACUCUUUUGCCUCUCUCUGUCUCACAACCUCACACAACCAUGAUCCUCUAUUGUUUGUUAUUAUCAGUGCUGUCAACCCCUCCAUUCCUUUUUUUCCCUCUAUUCCCUUUGCCUCAAGUAGGGGCUAGUUUUAGGAACUGGAGCCAAGUUCACAAGUCUUUUUUAUUUCUGUGCUCUCCACCACAGUUAGUACUACCAUGUAUGGAGUUCAUUCCUAUGCACUAUAUUUUGGCACUACAUUUGCCUGUGUUGUGAGGAAACCAUAAGGGAGCAGGGCAGAGGGAGUAAGAGCCCUCUGGAGUACCUUAGUAUGUGGUAAAGCCUACCCUACCUGUCCUACUCCCCAAUUCUGAUGUCUGACCCUACCUGAUUGCUUCUGGCAUUUUGGAAUCAGUUGCUUUUGCUUCCCAACUUUGAUUGAAGACACUCUUCCUACUAGAGAAUUAGACAUGGAGGCAGAAAAAAAUAUCAAUAGGAGGCUGAGUAAGGGAAAGGGGUAGCUUAGGAAAAGGUAUCUGGGUAGGCGGAUAGAAACUCUCUUGUUUGGGAGGAAACGGACUUCUUUGUCAAAUUGGGCUCAUUUCUCUCACUUCUAUCCUCUCCCUACUCAUAAGCACAUACAUUUUUCCUGUUCCUGUACUCCUAUAUUUGAAGCAAAUAGAUCAGGGAGAUGACAUCCUACUGUGGGGAAGACUUUGGGACCAAUAUUAUCAGUAGACAAACUCUUAAGUGGUAGGAUGGGGGACCAAGUCCACAAAAUCAUGAAGGGGCAGCAUAGUCUGUGAGAUAAUGGCAACAAUUUGCUCUUAGACUGCACCCUCAAGGAAAGGUGAAGCUUUUUGCCUUCACUUUUUGAGAAAAGCAUUUUCCUAUGAUCUUUGGGACCAGAGAAGGAAGUUGUACAUUUUCAGUACCUUUUUCUUGAACCCAACUUCCUUCUAACUCAAUCCAUGUAUUUGCUUGACAAAGAAUUAGUGAGACCAUAGACUUUAGAAGAUAUUAGAUAUACAUUCUACCCUUGUUUCAAGAAUAAAGCUGAAGAGUAGGAGAGAUGGCGGAUCCCAGGUGAGAAGCUCUUAGUGAUAUUCCGGGUACCCUUGAGGAUGAAGUGUACACUCUUCGUUCCUAUAGCAGGUUGAUGUUGGCAGAAUGUUUCUAGCUGAAAAUUCAUUGCUCUACAACUGCCAAAAGGAAAGAAGGAGCCUGAUAUGUUUAUUCACAGCCUCUAGCUUAGGAAGAUGCCUUUUCCCCUCUGUGUUCUUGAGGCUCCACAUGUCCUAGCCUGAACCGAAUUUGCCUUCAUGUCCAAAGUGACUGAAAGUAUGUUUCCCUCUUGGGAGAGUAAACCUCAACAGUUUGGGAUCAUCAACUCCCAUUUGGGGUCAUCCCACCCUGGCACUGCAGUAUAAGAGCAGCCUAGAAGAGAGGUCAACUAUCCAGCUGCCUUAUGAUACCUCAAGUAGGGGUCCUAACAAGACUACUGAGGAUUCAGAAACUUAGAAGUAAAAGUAAUUGUGUACCAUGGCAAGAAGUAAAGGGUAUGUGUGACAAUGCCUCCCUUCCAACACACCAUCUAAAUAGUUCAAUUUGGUCUCUUUCCCAAGACACAGGUAAUGGAAAGGUCAGGAAAGGUAAGAAUGGGAAUAGGAUGAGGCUGAGAAGAUAAAGAGGAGCAUGGGGACUUCCACCCCAUGAGAGAUUUAAGAUUAAGGGAGAGGAGAAGAGGAAAUGGGACUCCAUUUAAAUCAGUUAAAUUUAUUAAGGCUUUACUAGGUGCUUCAUUGACAAAAAAAAAAGCAUUUAUUAAGUGCCUAUUAUGUGCCAGGCAUUGUGCAAAAUCCUGGGGACACAUAGAAAGGCAAAAGAUAGUCUUUCCCUCAAAGAGCUCCAUUUUAAUGGGGAAAAUAAUUAACUGAGGGAAGGUACUAGAAUUAAUUAGGAGUUGGGAAGUUCCUAUAGAAGGUGGGAUUUUAGUUGGGACCUGAAGGAAACCAGGGAAGCUAGGAGAUAAGAAAUAAGAAAGGCCAUUCCAGACAUUGGGGACAGCCAGAGAAAAUGCCCAGAGCUGAGAGAUGGAGUGUCUUGUUCAUGAAAUAGCAAGCAAGAAGGCCAGUGUCACUGAAUCUAAGAGUAUGUAUGUGUCUAUAUGGGAUGGUGAUGUGAAGGAUAAGACUGGGGUGAAGUAGAAGGACUAGGUGAGACUAGAUUAUAAAAGGCUUUGAAUGUCAAACAGGAUUUUAUAUUUGAUCCUGGAGGCAAUAGGGCAUCACUAGAAUUUAUUGAGUAUGGGGAUGACAUGUUUGGACCUGUGUUUUGGAAAAUCACAAUGGGCUAAAGUAGUGGGCAGACCAAGCAACAGCCUAUUUCCAAUAGUUCAGCUAUGACGGGAUGAGAGCAUUAUAGAAAAUGGUUGAAGCCGUUUAGAGUUUACAAAAAACACUGGAAUCCUGCCCUCACGUGCCUCAUGUGGUGUUAUAGUCUAGCAGAAAGGUAAGAUAUAAGCAGGGGUGACUAUUAUCAGUAAUGUUCCAUAAGCACAUUAUAGUAGUACAAAAUAAAUUCCACGUGAGGGGGAAAGUCAUCACCAACAGGAGGAAUCACACAGCAUCUCAGUAAAGGUAAAGCCAGAUUGCAUCUUGCCUUCUAACAAGGAAGUCCCACAGGGCUAAAGCAAGGAAGUGUUAUCUUGGGCACAGGAUGUUCAUCCUAACUUAUGCAUCAAGGUGGCCUCCAACUCAAUUCACACCUUUAUUAAGUACUCCCUAUAUGUACAAAAGUGUGAUGGGUAUUACUUCCCUGCAAAAUGGGCUGAGAUCUACAUUUCUCUAAGGAGAAAGGGGCCAUAUUCUAUCCUGGAAAUACAUCUAGGUGUCCUAGAAAGAAGGCUUCAUCACCAACUGGCAUGCUAGGGAAGGUAGCUGCUGGUGAAAGGUAGGAUUUUGUUUUAAGGGAGAAGCCUGGUUUUGGAGGGGGUUAACAGUGUUGGUAUCUCAUAACCCUUCCAUAAGUCCACGUAAUGGCCCAUGGGAAUGGCAUGAAGCCUAGGCCAUUACAGUUCUCCCCAUGCCUAUUAGUCGAUUUCUGCCACCUCUGCCCCUGCUGUCUUAGCACACAGCCUUUCUCCAGAAAUGCCACUGGUUUCUGAGCUCCUGCCUGUCUCUGUGACUUGUGAACAUUGCUGUCCUGUGCCUGGGGUUCAUUGUAUGAACUGUGAACAGGGGCUCAUCUAUUUUAAACACAGAUGUUUACAGAAUAAAGGAUAUUUCAAAUCACA